GAAGAUGGAUCUGCCUCCACUAAAGGAGAUGCUGGAGUGCAUUCCACCUCACAAUCGCCAACACCUGGACAAAAAACUAGAGGACAGAAAGAGUCGAGUCAUGAUAGCCAGAAGCCUUCGCAACUGGAAGAUUGUAGCUCAGUACCUACCCAACAUCGAGAAUGAUACAGACACCAUUGAAAAUGACAAUCCCAACAACCUAGAGCUGCAGCAGGUAGCAUUAUUAGACAAGUGGCUGCAGAGGAACGGACCCUGGGCCACCUAUCGUACACUGGCAGAGUGUCUAUAUGAGGCCAGAGCCAUUGAGUCCCUACAGGUUUUGUGCAAGGAACUGGGUGGAAACCUACAACCUGCAGCCGGAAUACAAGCAGGCAAGGCCCAUUCCCCACAGUACCAAGCAGUACUACAGUACAAGGAGCAACUGGCCAAGAGUUUGGCAGAUGGGCCAGACCAACACCUCCUGAAUCAAUUCAAACUCAGUGGCUGGCUUGGUGAAGGCGCUUAUAGAAGUGCCCCUGAGUUGAUAGAUGUGGCUCUGACCAGAAUCUGGUCCAGUGUCUCUGACUAUGAGGUCUUCAUUAGAAUGCUGCCUGACAAUGACAGAGUGAAAGCUGUUGUAAUUGAAUUCACAGGAAAUUCUUCUGGUGUAGUAGUUGAAAAGAGAGAUCCAGACCCUCUACAACUGAAACAGCAAAACUCCCCCCUCAUGGCAGCUCCUACUGAAACUGGAGAUACUGAUGGUUUACCACCAGCUGCGUUAGUUACCACAUCUCCUGUUGUAACUGGCCCUCAAAUUGACAGCAAAGGUUGGAUGUAAUGUGUGUCGGUAACCAGUACUGUCGUGUGUGUCUUAGUGCAUGUCUCCCUUACCCAUACUGUUAUAAGAGGUUUUACAGUUUG